AUGUUCAAAAACUGUAUCGUAAUAGUUUUUCUGUGUACUAAAGUGCAGUGUCAAUCCAAUAAGGACUUGUACAAUGGACAGUAUGGGGAGUACAAUAAAGAAUACGAUCCUUCGCAAGCCAAAAAACGCCCAAACCCAGGCGACACUGACUACAGAACUUAUGUGUACAAUAACAGAAGAUAUGGAACAGAUCCAACUCGCUAUAAUCCAUAUAAUCCGAACAUAAAUCAGCCUGGUGGCUUUCCAUACAAUCCACUGCCAUACAAUCCAUUAAACCCUAACCCUUUGGAUGACCAAUUCAAAUACACUCCAAAUCGAGAUCCAAAUAAUCCAGAUGCAUUAUUCCCUGGUGUACUUGGUGGGUGGAGAGAAGACUUACAAGGAAGGGAGCGAAGAGACUCCAGACAGUUGAAAAGAGAUAUUUUUGUUACUACCAACUAUGGUCAAGUGCAAGGGUUUAAGGUUUAUCUGUAUGAUAACCCAGAUCCUAAUUCAGGAUACAGACCUUGGCUGACCCCUGUGGAAAGAAUUCAAGGAGAGGUGUCUGUAUUCUUGGGAAUACCGUACGCUAGACCACCUGUUUUAGAAGGCAGAUUUAAGCCACCACGACAACACCCGGGUUGGCAACUAAUACAAGCUGUAGACUGGGGUCCAGCUUGCCCUCAGAUGGCAAGUCUUACAGGAGAUACCAAAGGCAUAAGGGACAUGGACGAAGACUGCUUGUACUUGAACAUAUUCUCACCAAAUACAGAGGCAGGUUCAACCGCCCAGAAGUAUGCUGUGAUGGUAUACAUUCACGGUGGACAGUUCUCCUCCGGGGCGUCGAAUCUGUUCCCCGCGCAUAUGCUCGCUGGUUUUUAUGAUGUCGUCGUGGUCUCCUUCAACUACCGGCUAGGAGCACUAGGUUUUCUUUCAACUGGCGAUGAGAACUCGCCAGGUAAUUAUGGCAUACUGGACCAAGUGAUGGCAGUAAGAUGGGUUCAUGAGAAUAUAGACGCUUUCAAUGGCGACCGCAACUCCAUCACACUGUUCGGUCCCGGCGCCGGCGCCGCAUCCGCCGGACUGCUCGCCCUCGCGCCGCCCACCAGGGAUAUAGUCAACAAAGUCAUUGCGCAGAGCGGUUCAGCAUUAGCUGAUUGGGCGAUGAUAGAGGACAAGUUCCGUGUACAAAAUACAUCUAUCCUGCUCGGCAAGUACGUGGGUUGCCCCACGGAUUCCUCGUGGAAACUAGUUAACUGUCUGCGUCAGAGCAGAAGUAUAUACGAUCUGGGCAACGCACAAGUUUCGCCCCAAGUCGGUCUGAUCCCGUUUGGUCCCGUUCUAGAGAAUAAUUUCACUUUUCCGGGCGACGAAUGGUAUGAAGGGUGGAGGGAACGAGACUGGCACUUCUUGAACAUGAUGCCCGAGGAAUUGGUGAAGAGGAGACAAUUCAACCCGGCCCUACGGUACAUGACCGGCGUCACCACACAAGAGGCUGCUUAUUAUAUUUACAACAACGCUUCUCUAGCACCGCGGUACGAGAUCAACGAGAACUGGUUCAACCAGAAGGUGGCGGAACUGGUUCUACGUUACAACUACACGCUGAACCCUCGCGGCGUUUACGAAGCCGUCAGAUACAUGUACACCUACCAUCCAGAUCCUCACAACGUCAGCGCUAUAAGAGACCAAUACAUACACCUUCUCUCGGAUUUCCUCUACCGUGCACCCACCGAUAAGAUGGUAAAGCUGCUACUAGAACAAAAUGUGCCUGUAUACAUGUACGUUCUCAACACGACCGUGGAAGCGUACAAAUGGCCCGAGUGGCGUCUGUAUCCUCACGAUAUAGAGAGAGUAUUCCUGACUGGGGCACCUUUUAUGGACCAAGAGUUUUUCCCACUAAAACAACGUAUAGACAGACAAAUGUGGACCCCCAAUGAUCGCAAUAUGAGCCAUUUCUUCAUGAAGGCGUAUUCGGAUUUUGCUAGAUUUGGAAAUCCGACUCGUUCACGUAUCCUGGGUAUCCACUUCGAGGAAGCGAAAGCUGGACAGCUUCGUUACUUAAAUCUGAACACAACCUUCAACUCCAGCAUACAGCUCAACUACAGACAGACGGAACUCGCAUUCUGGACAAUGUACCUGCCCAGCGUUAUAGGACGACUGGUGCCUACGUACCCGCCCAUCACAGAGUAUUGGUGGGAGCCGAAACAGCCUCUACAGAUCGCCUUUUGGUCAGUGUCGAGCGCGUGUCUGGUGCUUAUAGUAUUGCUGGUCGUCUGUUGCAUGCUGUGGCGUAAUGCGAAACGGGCUGCUCCACCUAAAUGGAAAAUGGUACCAGCUGUUGAAACGGACCGGUACUACAGUGGCGACAUCUUCAUGGUGCCAGAUGAAGGUAUAGAGAACGCGUCCCGGUCGCGCGACAACAUAUACGAGUACCGCGACGUGCCAGUCAAGCGGCCGCCCACGCCGCAGACGCUCAGUCGCGCGGUCAGUACAAUUACUUAUAUAUAUUUAUUUAUUUAGCUCACUAAACAAGUUACAGUAAUAUACA